AUGAUCGAUGAGCUGUUGGAUUCGCCAUUGGAGGAGUGGCAGCAUGAGAACCUGCGGGUGGCGAGGGCGUGCAUGAUAGAGGAGCUGCUAGACUCGGGGCUGGAGGAGUGGCAGCGGGCAUACCUGGUAGAUGCGAGGGCGUGUGCGGGCGAGAAGGUGGAGCUCAUCAACCGAGUGUUGGACCUCGCCAAGCUGCAGGCCGGCAGGCUGCAGCUCGAGACUCUCCCCUGCUGCCUGCGCCGCAUCGUGAGCGAGGCGAUUGCAGCUGUUGAACUGAUUGCACCGGGAAAGAACCUGAAAGCAAGUGCCAUGAACAACACGUCAGCCGGCUACAUAACCAUCCGCCUCUGGUGCAUCUCUCCUCCACAUGCUGCUGAAAGCACUCCUUCAAUUCCUUCAGCUGCUGCUCUCACGGGCGCCACACAAGCCUCCUCUGAGCCUCCCCCGGCACGCCGCCCAGCCAGCCGCGGAGGGCCCAUAGGCAACAGGUGUGGGCGGGCGUGUAGCAGAGACGGCGUGGGCAGUCCAGUGAAAAGGGAGGGUGGAGGUGGGCGGUUGGAGGAGGAGGUGAGGGAAUGGGUGGAGGGGGGUUGUGCGGUGAGGGAGGAGGGCGAGUGGAUGGUGGUGGUGGCGUGUGAAGACACGGGCGGUGGUAUACCACCCGAGGAGCUGUGGGGGUUGCUGGACCCACAUGGCCUCGCCUGUCACUCGCCGCAUGAUAUGCAUGGCAACGGGCAUCAUAAAAUCAUGCAGGAGAGAAUACGAUCGCUGGGGAGGGCAGACUCAUGGAAGGGCUCAGGGCGGCAACGGGAGCGCAGCGUGUGGGAUCCGUUGCAGCGCGAUCGCAAGGCAGCUGCUGGCCCCCGCUGGACGCCCUACCCUGUUCGCGUCCUGCUCUCCACCUCCCUUGUGAGCUCCUCAUCCUCCCCUGUGAGCUUCUACGUUUGUGGCGGAGAUGCGGGGGGCAUGGCAGUGCUGUCAGACCUACUUUCUUAUCUUGCCCCUCUAAUCUCUCCCUGCAGGUGGCGGAGAUGCGGGGGGGCAUGGCAGCGCUGUCAGACGCCUCCACAGGCACCACCAUUCUGCUGGCGCUGCCCUUGGGUGGAGGAAGCAGAGCGGGUGGUGCGGGGGGUGGUGGCGGGGCGGGGGGUGGCGGUGGUGGAUGACAACGCGGUGAACCGCAUGGUGGCGCGCAGAACGCUGCAGGGCUACGGGGCGCACGUGCUGCUGCUCCCCUCCGGGGAGGAGGCGCUGCAAGCGCUCUCCUCUGCCACGCCCUCCCCGCCCAUCCACCUGCUGCUCCUCGACCUCCACAUGCCGCCCGGCAUCGACAGAUUCGAAACAGCUUGUCAAGUUCGGGCCAUGGAGAACACGUGUCAGAUGAAAGUGGAAACGAGUGCGGCAAUUUGA